UACACCAUAUCCGAUGUGUGGUGAAUUUAAUAAUGCAUCUCGAUUUGACAACGAGCAUUCGUCCAGCUUUACGAAAGCAGCGAUCUGGGAAGACCGUCCUUGCAAGCAGCCCAUACUCGCAGCCCAUACUCGCACUCGUUGGUACGUUACUCUCUGAGUUCUACCACCAUGACACCCGUAGGACAAUCCACCCUCUACAUACCCGUUGCCUCUCCCCCAACUCCCGCUCCUUCCCCCGGCCUUUCAUUCGCGGAUCUGCCCUCUACCAAUGAUCCAACUGCUUCUCUCUCUCGACGGCAAUUCACACUCAUGUCUCCAGAACACCGUCGACGAUUUCUUGGAUCUAUUUUAGCUGACUGCACACCAUCAGAACUACUGUUUGUCUCAAGCACCGUGACACCCUUGCUCAAGCGAGAUUUCCUACGAGAGCUGCCCCCAGAACUCUCUUGGUACAUCCUCAGUUUUAUUGAUGAACCUCAGACCCUUGCUCGUGCCAGCUGCGUCAGCCGAUACUGGAACAGACUACUCUCAGAUGACUGGCUUUGGAAGAGACUCUGUACUCUGCAUGGUUUCGAUGUCGAGCAGGACUGGUCACCUUCACAAUCUCCUUGGUCCCCGGAGGGAGAGUCACCCACUCACCCAUCCUAUCGCGCGCAUUUCAAGAAGGAAUACGUGACAGUUUCUAACUGGUGUCACGGCGGAUCUCUCCUACGAACCCAUCGUGUUCCCCUCCUACCUGGCUCCCAAUCUACCCACCACGAUCAACCCGUCCCGGACGAAACCUCCUCACCCCCUCCUCGCAAUAAUUCAUCAUCCCCCGCAAUCCCCACUUCUAUUGCUAUCGAUUCUGAUUGGGUCGUGGUGGGUCUGGCUAAUAGCAAGAUCCACGUCUUCAGUGCGCGAACUGGUGUCCUCAGUCGGACCCUCGUCGGUCAUACUUCUGGCGUCUGGGCGGUCGCAUUGAUACGAGGAGGGGGAAAGCCAGAUGAAGGAGGGCAUAUCCCUACGGAUGAUUCUCUGUCCCCAGAACCUGAGGGAUUCACGCCUACCAUUCGACAUGCCAUUGGCUUGGAUUCGCCGAAACCUUUCCAUCGUCGAGCUCUCUCGGGUGUAUUCUCCUCUAACGUCCCUCGACCGAAGCCCAGUGAGCCAUCCGGGGCAUCAGACGGCUGGGGACAGCCAAACGCUCUUGUAGUGAGUGGUGGAUGCGAUAAGGACGUACGUGUAUGGGAUGCCAAGUCAGGGUUUUGCAUUUACACAAUGCCGGGCCACCAAUCCACCAUCCGAUGUCUCAAGGUCCUCCACAAUCGCCCAAUCGCAGUUACAGGUUCUCGAGACAGGACAGUCCGAGUCUGGGACGUCCGACGGGGGAAGAUGCUGCGAGUACUGGAAGGGCACGAGCAGAGUGUUCGCUGCAUCGAUGUCUGUGGAAAUAUUGUGGUAAGCGGAAGCUACGACACAACAUGUCGUGUGUGGAAUAUCGACACUGGUGCUUGCAUACACGUCCUCCGUGGUCAUUAUCAUCAGAUCUAUACUGUCGCUUUUGAUGGUGUACGGAUCGCUUCUGGUGGUUUGGAUACGACGGUCCGUGUGUGGGACGUCGAAACUGGGUACGGUUAUUUUAUCGUUAUUAGUAUGUGUUCAGAGGCUAACGUUUACCCUAUAGCACAUGUUUAGCUCUUCUUCAGGGUCACACCGCCCUCGUCUGCCAGCUCCAACUGACCCCUACUAUGCUUGCAACAGGCGGGUCCGACGGCCGAGUCAUCACUUUCUCUCUCGUCGGCAGUUCAUUCAGUGUCAUCCAACGUCUAGCUGCUCACGACUCCUCUGUCACCGCUUUGCAACUGGACGAUAGGUUCAUGGUCACUGGUGGUAACGACGGCCGCGUACGGUUAUUCCAGUUCCAGAAUGAUGGUGACGGCGAGCCGGGCAAGUGUGAGUAUGUUAGGGAGUUGAGUGAUCCUAGUGAGAGUGUGUGGAAGGUCGCUUUUACGAGGACGACUUGUGCGAUUGCGGCUAAGAAGGCGGGGAAGACGGUGGUGGAGAUUUGGAGGUAUAGGCCUAAUGAGUGAUCGUACAUUACUAUGCUUUCAGGGUGCCGUUUAGCGAGUCACGGUGAUCAGACAUUUGAUAGCCCUUAGGAAAUGCACAUCAGAUUCUUCAACUCAUCUUGUCUGGUGAACUUUUGUCUGCAGUUCUCGUGUCUCGAUUAGGUGCCUCAAAUAGUGAAUAUUUAUAAUUUCAAGGUAGAUUAUGUCGGAUAUGGUGUAGUGGCUAACAUUAUCGCCUCUCACGCGAUAGCCCGGGGUUCAAUUCCCCGUAUCCGAAUAUAUGCGUAGCGUCUCC